AUGCCUCGUGGUCAGAAGAGUAAGCUUCGUGCCCGUGAGAAACGCAACAAGGACCGAGAUGAGAACUCAGGUCUCCAGGUUGCUCAGGCCACUGCAGCAGAGGAAGAAGAGUCCCCAUCCUCCUCUUCUCCUGAUUUCGAGGGUGCUGUCUCAAGCUCUCCUGCUGCUGGCACUCCCCAGAAGCCUCAGCGAGCCCCACCCACUACCACUGCUGCUGCAGCUGUUUCAUACACAAAGUCUCAAAAAGGUGCUAAGAAGCAAGGUGAGGAAAAUAAAAAUUCUUCUGAGGCCUCAACAUCCUCUGAGAGCUCACGCAAAGAAUCUAUAACUAAGAGAGUGGGAAUGUUGGUGCAGCUUCUGGUAUUCAAGUAUAAAAUAAAAGAGCCCAUUACCAAGGGAGAGAUGCUGAGGCUUGUCAACAAAAGAUACAGGGAACACUUCCCUGAGAUCUUCAGGAGAGCCUCUGAGCUCAUGGAGCUGCAAUUUGGCCUUGGCUUGGAAAAAGUCAACCCCAGUGGUAAUACCUACACCUUUGUCAUUAAGCUAGACUUCACUGAAGUUGAAAGUCUGAGAGGUGAAUGGGGCUUUCCCAAGAAUGGGCUUCUGAUGCCUCUCCUGGGUGUGAUCUUCUUAAAUGGUAAUCGUGCUUCUGAAAAGGAGAUCUGGGAAUUCUUGAAUAUGUUGGGGAUCUAUGAUGGAAAGAAGCACUUCAUCUAUGGGGAGCCCCGAAAGCUCAUCACCCAAGAUAUGGUGCAGGAAGGAUACCUGGAGUACCAGCAGGUGCCCAACAGUAACCCUCCACGCUUUCAAUUCCUGUGGGGUCCAAGAGCCUUCGCUGAAAGCAGCAAGAUGCAAGUCCUGGAGUUUUUGGCCAAGGUCAAUGAUACCACCCCCAGCUCCUUCCCAUCCCAUUAUGAAGAGGCUUUGAAAGAAGAGGAAGAGAGAGCCCGAGCCAGAGAUGCAGCCAAGUCUGGCAUCACUGCCAAGGCCCGUGCAUGUUCCAAGGCCAAGUCCACCUCCUGCUCUCACCCUUAG